GAGUACUUGUCUUAUAUCUUGGGUAUGUUCUGUUUAUACGUGACCAAUUUUUGGAUGACAAUGCAAUACGGUACUUCCGUCGACCUUUCACGCCCGGUUUCCGGGUUCAAGGAUCGUUACCCGGUCACCCUUACCCUUGGGAAUCCUCUCACUUUGCUCCUGAUAUAGGAGACUUCUGAGCCCACUAUUUACCAAAGAACAUCUGCUCUGUAAAUCCUAAAUGGGACUACCAGAGGAUAUUCUUCUCUCAGAUUCUGGCCUGGAAGAUAUGAGACCUGGUCAAAAUUUGUGUGAGGUAAGAUCAGUUUUAGCUCUUAAAAUAGAAAAUCCUAUAAUUUCCUGAAAAUAAAUAUAUACAUAAAUCCACUACUUGGUUGAUGACCUGGAACAGAUACAAUCAUCCACUUUUUAGCUCAAAAUGAAAAGUUAAUUUUACAUCACCUAAAUUUGGUUAAAUGACUAUAAGUUAGUUUCUUAAUCAAAUAACAAUCAGGGUAGAUUUUGCAAACACAAAUAAAGAAAAUAAGUGAAAGAUGGAUUCUGGACCUUCCUGGGCUGAUCAAUGGGACAACAACAACCCAGAUCCGGCGACGUCGAACGAUGAUAAAAAGAAAGAAGCCAACAAAUCUGGUGUUAAGAAACUUCAAGAAAGGAUCCUGAAAAUAUUUGGCAAGAAAACUGAGAAGUAGUCCAUCAUAUCAUGUUAAUUCCCAUGGAGAGUUAGCUUAUGAAUGUUGUGGACAGUUACUUCUGCAUAACUAAGUCCAUUGUUUUGUACAUUUAUGUUGCUUUAGUUAUAAACUUUUUUAAAAUUCUCUUGCCUAUCUCAUUAACAAGUUUUUUGUUUGGCCAUCAAUAUGGGUUAUGAUUAAGAUUUAUGAAAUGAUAUGAUAAUUCUGUAGUUUUAUGAGGCAUUAUUGUUGUCAAUCUGAAUUAUCAAGAAACCCAUUA